AUGAUGUGGAUCGAUGCUGCCUUCUUCAUGACUGUUGUUACCGCUACACCAGGGUGGAACUGCAAUGCCACAGCAAGGUUAAGUGGAAGUUGUAUCGCUUUUCCUGCAAUCAGUCACAAACCGAAUGCAAAUCAUCUUCACUCUGUGGCAGGAUGGCAUGUGAGUGCGACAAACAGUUUGCAGAAUGUCUGA